AUGCGGAUCCAGCUGGGCUUUAACGGGUCCUUCCUGGGCCUGGUGUAUAGCACCGAGUACGCGCACGACCCGGACUGCGUGUACGUGAACGGCACCGGCAGGGCCAGCUACCAGUUUCAGGUGCGUGUGAACCGCUGCGGCACGCUGGGCCGCACCGACGUCGCCCAGUCCGCCCUGGACUCCCCGCCCGGCACUGCCGGAGAAAAGCAACUCUGGAACUCUCUUACGGUCCAGUACAACCGGUUGAUUGAAGAGGACGCCGACGAGAGGUUUCGAGUGACUUGCGAGUACGCCUUCGACUACUGGAAGACCGUCAACUUCCCGCUCCUCAACGUCGAGGUCAACACGGGAGUGCCCGUGGUGUUCACGCUUCCGCCGCCCCAGUGCUCGAUGGAGGUACGGCUGGGCUUCGGGCUGUCCGGACCCAGGGCGCAGGGACCGGUCACGGUGGGAGACCCCCUCACCCUCGUCGUCACCAUGACCAGCGUCCUGCGUGACGUGGACAUUUUAGUCAGCAACUGCGUAGCCCACAACGGCGCAGACCAAAAGCUGCAGCUUGUAGACGUCCACGGGUGCACUCUGCAAGACAAGCUGCUGAGCGCCUUCCGUGGAUCCCACUCAAGCCGCACCGAAGGCGGCCAGCAGGUGACGCUGUUCGCCUUCCUCAAGGCCUUCCGCUUCACGGGAAGCCGGGCCCUGUACGUCGAGUGCGACGUCCACAUGUGCCACGGCUCUUGCCCGACGCAGCAAUGCUCGUGGCGCCAUCUCGAAAAGCGGUCAGUAGUCCGGCCCGAAAACGAUACGUCCUUCGAGACGCUAAACCUCUUCCACGCUCUGGAGGUGCUCCAUUCCGAAGUCAACACUGAAGAUCACUCUCCGCGUUCAGAAUCGGGUGCCAGCCUGGUGUGCCUGAAGACAAGCGGCUUCGCGGCUGCCGUGUCUCUGCUGCUUCUCACGCUGGUGCUGUGCUGCCUGCUUUCCGUCUGCACUGUGACAAGACUCAAGAGCGGUCACGUGAAGGCGAGUCCACUGCACGAAGACGCCUGCUGA